CGAAGAGGCGGCAGGAGACUUGAACCAUGCGUAUCGUCCGGUUCUCCUUCCACUUCUGAUCCGGUUGCGAUGGCGAAGCGGGGCGAAUGCGAUCCAGUGGAACUGGUGAAGCAGCAAGAGAACAGCCCGGGAAACCAGUGGUAGUUGCUGACAAGUUUUCUCCUAUUCCUCCAUGCACAUUCCGCUUGGGAUUUCAUUGUCCUUAUGUCAUGUCAUAUUUGGUCCUGGCCUCCUUUGGACAUUUGACGGAACUUGCCGGUGUACUUUAAAUGGGAUUUGAAUGUUGACUCUUUGACGGAAUUAUUGGGAUCGAACUGGACACGUGGAGUACCUUUCACACCGAUCCACUGAACUUCAAACCAAAAUGUACAAAUUUGGAACCUUUGCUGUGAAAUACUCAUCUGGAUUCGUUUUCUCCUGGUUUCGAUCUGGUAACGUGGCUGCACGCAUGAUGUUCUCUCUGUCCGAUGAACAGAUUGCAAAGGAAAUGGAAAAUCAGCUUAGAACAAGUGAUGUGAAACCACAGUUUCUACUCAAAACACCCAAGGGAACAAGAGACUAUAAUCCAAAACAGAUGGCUAUCCGUGCAGAAGUGUUCAAUAUCAUCACUGGCUCAUUCAAACGCCAUGGAGCGGAGACUAUUGACACACCUGUGUUUGAACUCAAGGAAACCCUGAUGGGAAAAUAUGGUGAAGACUCAAAACUUAUCUAUGAUCUGAAGGACCAGGGUGGUGAGCUGUUGUCAUUGCGUUAUGAUCUAACAGUUCCUUUCGCCCGUUACUUGGCUAUGAAUAAAAUAACCAAUAUUAAGAGGUAUCAUAUUGCUAAAGUAUACCGAAGAGACAAUCCAGCCAUGACCAAAGGUCGGUACAGGGAAUUCUAUCAGUGCGAUUUUGACAUUGCAGGUCAAUAUGACCCAAUGAUUCCGGAUGCUGAAUGCCUGAAAAUAAUCCAUGAGAUCUUGAGUGGCCUGCAUCUGGGAGAGUUUCAAAUUAAGGUGAAUGACAGGCGUAUCCUCGAUGGAAUGUUCGAAGUGUGUGGAGUUCCAGCUGAUAAAUUUCGGACUAUAUGUUCCUCUGUGGACAAGAUGGACAAGAUGCCGUGGGAGGAUGUGAAAAAUGAAAUGGUUGCAGAAAAGGGACUUGAUCCAGAUACUGCUAACAAAAUUGGCGAAUAUGUUCGGCAGAAUGGCAAGUCUGAAUUAGUUGACAAACUGCUACAGGAUGACAAGUUGUCUCAGAACAAAGUAGCAUUGGAAGGCCUGAAUGACAUGAAACAACUUUUUGUUUAUUUGAAAAUUUUUGGAGUUGAGGAUGAGAUUCAGUUUGACUUGAGUUUAGCUCGAGGUUUGGACUACUACACCGGUGUCAUUUUUGAGGCUGUGCUAAUCCAGACACAGGCUAACGAGCCAAUGCAGCAGAGUGAAUCCUCUGAGGCAGUCGGUGUUGGAAGUGUUGCUGGCGGCGGGCGGUAUGAUGGCCUGGUUGGAAUGUUUGAUCCCAAGGGUCGGAAAGUCCCAUGCGUGGGAUUUAGUGUUGGGAUCGAAAGGAUUUUCUCAAUUGUGGAGCAAAAAAUGGAGGCCUCUGAUAAGAAAAUUCGUACAACAGAAACUGAGAUAUUGGUCGCUACUGCUCAGAAGCAUCUUCUGGAAGAAAGGAUGAAGCUGCUGGCAGAACUGUGGAAAGCUGGGGUGAAGGCUGAAAUUGUGUACAAGAAGAACCCAAAACUCCUGAACCAGUUUCAGUACUGUGAGGAAACAGGAAUUCCCCUGGUGGCCAUCCUCGGAGAAGAAGAAAUUAAGGAAGGAGUUGUUAAGCUCAGAAUCGUUUCUACAAGAGAAGAGAUUAAUGUUGCAAGAGCUGAUCUCCUGGAAGAAAUCAGGAGGAGAAUAUGCCAGUUGUAAUCCCUUCACAAAGAUGCACCACCAGAAAGCCACUGAAACAUACUGGUCACUAACACUGUAUAUACUGUGCUUGUUAGAAUGAAUAUCUUUCUCUGCUUGUUAACAAGUUACAGGAUUAAGAAGCUUACUGAUACCUUCAUAUUGUGGGACUAAAAAGAAUUUUCUUGGGUGAUAUUAAACCUGGAUUUGAAUGUAUAUCCUUUUCCAAUUACGUUGUUUCCAAAUAUCUUUUUAUUAUGAAACCUGGAAUUUUGCUUGUCUGGUCAAAUCAAUAAAAAGCAUGCUGGCAA